CCACAAUGAGAUUGUUCUUCGUGUUUGCGAUUCUCUUUGGCUUUUACAGUGAAGCUUAUGGGAAAUGUUCUUUAGAUAUCGAUAUGAAAUUGAAGGCUCUUAACAAGCCUGCGUUGAAGACCAUCAAGAGUGAAGAUGGAGAUAUAAUAGAUUGUAUUGAUAUCUAUAAACAACAUGCCUUUGAUCAUCCCGCCUUAAGAAACCACAAGAUUCAGAUGGAACCAAGUAUGGAGUUUGGUCCAAUGAAGAAUGCUAUUCCAAACAAUGGUUCUGAUGAACAAAUAAUGUCUCAGAUUUGGUCAAAAUCUGGAGAAUGUCCUACUGGGACAAUACCGGUUCGCAGAGUUAGUAGAGAAGACAUAAGAAGAGCCUCUUCACCGUCUCGUUUUGGGAAAAAACCUCCUCGUAGAUACAGUUUCCUCGACAACGCACUUCAGCACAAGGGCAAUUUCAAUAUAACUCCUGAAAAAGUAAAUAGUUCCCGCCCAACGUUAAUAUCGGAGGCAGUCCUUAUCGCGCUAGGGUACAAUUAUUAUGGCGCUCGAUCCGAUCUAAAUGUGUGGAAUCCUCCGAGGGUUCAGGCCAGAGAUUACAGCUCUUCUCAGAUAUGGCUACUUGGUGGACUCUCAGAUACGUUUGAAAGCAUAGAAGCUGGUUGGGCGGUAAAUUUUCUACCCCUAGAAUUGUACUAUAUCUUGAUCUGA